CUGGGGUCUCUGGCUGGGGCUCCUCUUCCCGGGUGCAGAAUUUGGCAGGCCCAGGGUAGGGCGCACCAUCCAUCCCCUAGGCUCACAAUGACGAGACAGGGCCGGGCUCUUUCUCCCUCGGGGCUGUUGCCACACUUCCUGCCUCGGCUCUCUUUCCCUAGCCUGUUUCUAAGGAAGGGAGUGGGGUUGGGCGACCGCACCCCAACUAUCCCGCCCCGUCGGCCCUCCAAAAGCUGACAGGAUAUCGGGCGAGCCCAGAGUGACUAAGGGAGGGCCUUGGGCUGAGGUACAGGGUAAGUCAGUGCCUAGAGACCACUUACAAGGUCCAGCCUCAUUCGUACAAGUCCCUUGUCUCUGGGAUCCACCGAGUCAUCUUCUAAGGCCGAUCUCAGAUAGCCAGCCUCCUUCACAGCUCGGAAGGAAGCUAUGUCCUGGCCAUUUUAACUCUCCGUCAACAGAGUUCUUCAAAUAACCACAGUGACCCCAACCUUUGCUAGCUGUCUUCUACUCCUCUUACGUCAGCGCUCCAGGACCCUUGUUCACCUUCUGCGUUUCUAAACUGACCUCCCCCAAAUUCCUUCCCUUUUCCUGUGGGAGAACCCUCAGACUCAUCUAUGGACUCUGGAGCCCCUACCCAUUUCUUGUACAAUAGAUACCUGAGCCCUGUUUCCUGACCGUUUCCUCCCACCUGUGACAAUUCCAGUUCUUUAAACACUUCGUACCCGGAACCUCUGGUUAAUUCCUAGGUCAAAUGUUAACAAUUGCCCCCCGCUUUGUACCUUCCCUGUUUUCUGGGGUAUUCUGGUUUAUUAUCAGUUCACAAGCCACAGCUACUCUGGGUUCCGCGAGACCUUUCCGGGUAUAUCCUGAGGCACCCCAUCUCCACCUGUAGUGUGCCGAGAUCUCAUAUAACCACCCGGUUGUACUCCCGCAGACCUAACCCCUAUGCGCCUCGGCCCCUCAACAUCCCUUGGCUUGUACGUCUGUCUCCACAGCCCCUCCCCCUGCAGCCGCGCAGAGCCACCCGGCUCGUGGCCGCUGUUUACAAGGACACGCGCUUCCUGACAGUGACGCGAGCCGCCUCCUCCCCUUCCCCACGCUCUAGGAGGGGGCCGCGGGGGCCUGGCUCCCGCGUCGGCCAAUCGGAGUGCACUUCCGCAGCUGACAAAUCAGUAUAAAAGCUUGGGGCUGGGGCCGAGCACUGGGGACCUUGAGGGUGGCCAGGCUAGCUUUGGAUCCUGCAGGGAGCGGGGAAUUAAGGGAAGCGACGCCGAGAAAGCAGGCGCACCACGGAGGAAGAGAAAAGCUCCGGAAGCCCGGCAGCGCUUUUACGCACAGCUGCCAACUGGCCGCUGCCGACCGUCUCCAGCUCCCGAGGACGCGCGACCGGACACCGGGUCCCGCCACAGCGGAGGACAGCUCGCCGCUCGCCGCAGCGAGGCCCGGGGCGGCCCUUCAGGGGGACCUUUCCCAGAUCGCCCAGGCCGCCCGGAUGUGCACGAAAAUGGAACAGCCUUUCUAUCACGACGACUCAUACGCAGCAGCGGGAUACGGUCGGAGCCCAGGCAGUCUGUCUCUACACGACUACAAACUCCUGAAACCAACCUUGGCCCUCAACCUGGCGGAUCCCUAUCGGGGUCUCAAGGGUCCUGGGGCGCGGGGUCCAGGCCCAGAGGGCAGUGGGGCAGGAAGCUACUUUUCGGGUCAGGGAUCAGACACAGGCGCAUCUCUGAAGCUAGCCUCUACGGAACUGGAGCGCUUGAUCGUCCCCAACAGCAACGGCGUGAUCACGACGACGCCCACGCCUCCGGGACAGUACUUUUACCCCCGUGGGGGUGGCAGCGGUGGAGGUACAGGGGGCGGCGUCACCGAGGAGCAGGAGGGCUUUGCGGACGGUUUUGUUAAAGCCCUGGACGACCUGCACAAGAUGAACCACGUGACGCCCCCCAACGUGUCCCUGGGCGCCAGCGGGGGUCCCCAGGCCGGGCCAGGUGGCGUCUAUGCUGGUCCGGAGCCGCCUCCGGUCUACACCAACCUCAGCAGUUACUCCCCAGCCUCUGCACCCUCCGGAGGCUCCGGGACCGCCGUCGGGACUGGGAGCUCAUACCCGACGGCCACCAUCAGCUACCUCCCACACGCACCACCCUUUGCGGGCGGCCACCCGGCGCAGCUGGGCUUGAGUCGCGGCGCUUCCGCCUUUAAAGAGGAACCGCAGACCGUCCCGGAGGCACGCAGCCGCGACGCCUCGCCGCCCGUGUCCCCCAUCAACAUGGAAGACCAGGAGCGCAUCAAAGUGGAGCGAAAGCGGCUGCGGAACAGGCUGGCGGCCACCAAGUGCCGGAAGCGGAAGCUGGAGCGCAUCGCGCGCCUGGAGGACAAGGUGAAGACACUCAAGGCUGAGAACGCGGGGCUGUCGAGUACUGCCGGCCUCCUGCGGGAGCAAGUGGCGCAGCUCAAGCAGAAGGUCAUGACCCACGUCAGCAACGGCUGCCAGUUGCUGCUAGGGGUCAAGGGACACGCCUUCUGAGAGCCUCCCUUGCUCCACACGGACACCCCCAGCCUUGAAGGCUGGGCGCCCGCCCCCCACUGGGGUGAGGGGGGCAGGCGAUGGGCACCCGCCCAGAGGCCUGGGGCGCAGCUCACACACUGGACUCCGGCCCGCCCGCCCGCGCCCAGUCCUUCCACCUCGAGGUUUACAUGGCCCCCUUCAAGCGUAUUUUGUAUGUUUUUUUUUUUUCUGGAAAGAGACUGAAUUCAUAUUGAAUAUAAUAUAUUUGUGUAUUUAACAGGGAGGGGAGAAGGGGGCUGUCGCGGCGGAGCUGGCCCCGCCGCCUGGUACUCAGCCUGCGGGGAUACUAGGGAGGGACCUCCGCCCCCUGCCCUCCCCCUCUGCACAGUACUGUGGAGAAGAAACACGCACUUCGUGUCUAAAGUCUAUUUUAAGAUGUGUUUGUGUGUGUGUGUUUGACUUUUUAUUGAAUCUAUUUAAGUAAAAAAAAAAUUGUCUUUAUUAA